AUUGAACAAAAAUGAUGUGUAAUUAUAAUUGUUAUAUAUUUCAAAUUAGCGAAAUAUUUUGUGAUUUGGAUACAGUUGGAUAUUUUCAAUGUUGCUAAUUAUUUCAAUCAAAUAAAAUAACACAACAAUAACGACAUAAUGGAUGAUAAAAAGAUAAUGAAUCGACAUUGUACCGGUUCAAAAGUAUCACAAAUAGCAAAUAUUUUUCAAAAUAUGGCACCAUCGAAAGAUACAUCAGAUGGUGUUGUAAUGCGUGCAAUAAAAACGGUACCCUCUGUACCACCAGAUAGUCCGCCCAUAACUAAGAACGAUUGUGAUCCACUAAAAGAUUCACCAACACAAGUAACGGUAGUACGCACUGAAUCACAUGUGGCGAGAUUCAAUAAUGCUCGAGCACUUUUUGAAAAAUUAGGUGAAGAGAAUCAACAUAAGGGUGCCAAUAAAAUGAUACCAUUACAAACGACAAAAAGUGCAUCGAGCAUUCACGGCUUACGUUCCCGAUCCAGUUCUGCGAACAGUGAAACAUCUCAACGUGAAGUACGUUCGCGUACACCAUCUCCUGUUACAGUAAAACGUUUACAAGAUCAAUCAAAUAUGAAAAAUUCACAGUUGUUUAGUAAUAGUGUGCCAGUGUUAAAUACAGAACCUCCAAAGUGUUUUAACAAGUCAAAUGGUCACGCGGGUCAUUCGAUUAAUGGCAAAAGUAUUGUGGAUGAUUACGACGAUCUUGGUGUUGCCCCGUUAGGCGUUGUUGAUAAAGUUAAUGAAAACAACGAAACUGUUAGGACUUUAACUACCACUACUCCAACAUCGUCUAGUAAACCUAUAGUAUUACCCCGUAAACCGGACAAACCCGAACGAAAAUUUAAUAGUCGCGAAUUAAUCGAAAAACAACGAAAUUGGACAUCACAUUUUAGUAAAGCACGUUCCACAUCCAGUCGAUAUUAUAGUGAUCCGAAUAAAAAUGAAGUGCGAAUAGGUUUAAAUACACAAUCAUCGAAUAACAUACUUAAUUCGAAUAGUAAUCAAAGUGUGGAUAAUACGAAUCGAUCUAUUUUAAAUCAGCCAGCAAUGCGUAGUGCAUCGUUCUCAGCACGAUUACGUUCACCGCCAACGUCACCCCCACCUCCGCCAAUACGAACAGAAUCAUCAAAACGAUCAGUCUGUGCUCGGCGGGAACGACCUGCGUCAGUUAUACCAACACAAGAUUUUAACUUUGAUAAUUAUUCGGUUGCCAAAACGAAAUCAUCAUCAUCUUCACCGGAGUCUCAAGUAAUUAAGACUGUUGAGUCACCGAUUAAAUCACCAACGCUGUGUGAUGAUUAUGAUAAUAAAAUGAUUGAUACAGUUUUACGAUCUCCGUUAAAAACAAAACUGUCUGAAAGUCAUCAGAAACCAUCAUCCAUUGAUCAUAACGUUUUACCACGAUCACCCUCGUCACAUUUAACAUAUUCACCCACAAAAGAGAAUUGCUCAAGACCAUUAUCGUCAUCAUCAUUAUCACCCAAAUCGCCAAUUGGUGUCACGAAAUCAUUAGAUGAUUCGAAUAAAGAAAAUUUAUCCGCUACAUCGGGUAGUUUGUCGUCGUUAAGUUCACCAAGUAGUCCAAGUAAACAAAAAACUGAAGACGAGAAACAAGAAAAGGAGAGUAAUGAGAAGUUAUUAGCAAGUGAUACUACUGAAGGUCGAAAAUUAGAUUGUCUAGAAAAAGAACACAAUGAAGUUGAUAAAAAAUCACCACGUGAUCAUCAAACCAACAAUGAACGAGGAGAACAGGCAGCAGACAUUCCACAAAUCCAAAAACGAACAAAAAUGGUUUCUUCAAUAGCACUAAACAUACCCGCAGUCGGUUUAGGAACACGUCCUGCAUCAAUAAUUAGUACAAAUUCAACAUUAGAUGAAGGUGGCUUCAAUGAACCAUCACCAGAGGUGAAAGCAAAAUUAAAACCACAUGCCGAUGAUAGUGAUGAAACGCUAAUAGGUACAAUGUCACCAUCGCAAUCAUCAUUUGAGGAUAGUAACAGUAAAACAUUAAUCGCGAGUGAUAGUUUAACGCAACAACGAUCCGUUGAUUCAGAUAUUAUUUAUCAAGUACAACCGCAUGUUAAAAACUCUGUACUUACUAAAUUAGAUAGUAACGAUAAUGAUUCAUUAUCGGCAACCACUGAGGAAUUCUUACAAAAAGAACGGUCUGAUGCUAUGCAACCGCUGUAUAUUGAUACAGAACAUCGACAAAAUACAUCAAAACAAGAAGAAGAAAAAGCGAUUAGCAUAAAAGAAAGUACUGAAACUACAAACCAUGAUAAUAAAUUAUUACAAUGUAGUAACAGCAGCUCUAGUAUUUGUGAUCAGAAAAUUAUUAGCGCAAAUAAUAUUAACACGCAACGAGACCAUCUUCCUCAUGACGUAGGCGAUGAUGAUGAUGGUAAAAUUGAAGAGGAAGAAUCUAGUAUGGAAUUAAGUAGUUCGUUUUUAGUAUCAAGAACGGUGUUACGUGAAGAUACUGAUUAUGAUACACAACAGACAAUUAUUACAGAUUUUAAAGAAUCUGAAGCGAGUAUUUUAGAUUUACAAGAUGUGCAAUUUGCUGAUGCUGAAAGUGAUGAUGAGACAAGUGGUAAAGGGAAAUCACUUGAUACAGAUGAUAAUGAUGAUACAAAUACUAGUCAUAUUGAUAAAAAGGUGUUACCGGAAGCGGAUACGAUGACACCCGAUGAAGCUGAAAAUUUAUUAAGUUCCAGCAUUUUGGAAAAGAAAAUUCGACAAGAAGCACUGUUAUCCGAUGAAGAGGCACAAGAAGUUGUAAGGCUGCUUUCACCAUCCGACAAAACUACCUGUGAGCCUGAAUGGUUAUCAGAAGUGAUUUCAUCAGCACCCAAUUCGACUAUGAAUGAUUCAGUAAUGACAGUUGAUUCUGUCACAACCGUCGAUUCUUCGCCAAGUCGUUUAACGGGUUCUGUUACCGGCUCAGAAUCUGGAAUUAUAGGUUCAGUAGCGAGUCUUACUGAGCAAGAUGAUGAAGAAGAUGCGAAACAAGAAGAUUUUGUUCCUAUACCGGGAAAGAUAAUUAUCAUAGAAAAUGGCGUUCAUUAUUACGAAGAUGGCCAUUUCUGGAUGGAAGUUCCUGGAUUACCAGAUUCUGCCGAAGAAGAGGAUGAUUUAGAUUAUCCUAUUUAUGUUAAGAAAAAUACCAAAGUGACAUUUAGUACUGGGCCUAUGAAAGUGUACUCUACGUUUAGUGUAAAUGAUUACGAUCGAAGGAAUGAAGAUGUGGAUCCUGUUGCAGCCAGUGCUGAAUAUGAACUAGAAAAACGAGUCGAAAAAAUGGAAGUUUUCCCCGUAGAAUUAAUAAAAGGUCCAGAAGGCUUAGGCCUUAGUAUAAUUGGUAUGGGUGUGGGAGCGGAUGCUGGAUUAGAAAAAUUAGGUAUAUUUGUAAAAACUAUAACAGAAAAUGGAGCUGCUGCGCGUGAUGGCCGAAUUCAAGUUAACGAUCAAAUUAUUGAAGUGGAUGGUAAAAGUUUAGUUGGUGUGACGCAGGCUUAUGCAGCCUCAGUACUCAGAAAUACGUCCGGAUUAGUUAAAUUCUUAAUAGGUCGAGAAAAAGAUCCACAAAAUUCUGAAGUUGCUCAAUUAAUUAGGCAGUCGUUACAAGCAGACAGAGAGCGUGAAGAACGCUGUAGAUCUAUAAAAUCAUUACAAAAUGAUGUUUCACAAAGUGAAGAUAAUAGUGCGUCCACGUUACCUUUAAACAGUUCAACAAAUACUAGUAUUUCAGAAGAACCAUCUAGCCCGUCUAUUACUGGUGAUGGACUAUUUGAAAAUGAACAAACUAAUAAUGAUGUGGACUCUUUAAGACAACUUUUGCAAGAAAGUCAUUAUAAACUUGCCUUGUCUGAGAGUGAUGUCAAUCGUCUUAAAACUAAGUUAAUGGAAUUGGAAAGUUCUGGUACUGAAAAAGAUGACAUAUCUGAAAAACUACGACAAACAAGUAUACGGUUACGUGAAACCGAACGUAAUUUACAUUCUGCGAAAAAAGAAGUUGCAACUUUUCAAGAUAUGUUAGAACAGUCUCAAACUCAAUAUUCAGCAUUAGAGAAAAAAUAUAAUAAAGCAAAGAAGUUGGUUCGAGAAUUUCAACAAAGAGAAUUGGACAUGGUGCAUCGUGAAGAAUUUUAUCAACAAUUAUUACAAGAAAAAGAUACCGAAUAUAAUGCUUUAGUUAAAAAUUUAAAAGAUCGAGUCAUUUCUUUGGAACAAGAAUUAUUAGAUACUCAACAAAAAGCAGGUUUACCUAUACGAUUACCUUACGAUAGUGUUAAUUCAAAACCACUAACACCCCAAAUGACAAGACGGCAAGCACCAAAACCAUUAUUUCAACAACUUGAAACUGAAUUAUCCGAUACUGAAAUAUCUGAUAUUAGCCCUGAUGAGGGUGAUAAGACUGCAACUGUUGAAAGAAAAAUGCCUGUGAAAGAAGAAUUAGAUAAUGCUAUUCCACAACACGAACUUUUGGAUGUAUCAGCGAAUAAAUCUAAAGGGGAGCUGGGAAUGAAAGGUGGUUUAGCAAAUAGGCAGCUGCCAUCGGGGAAAAAAGGUUCAUUGAGUAAUAGUAGUUCGGAACAUACGUUGGAUGAAAGCUAUGGUGAAACCUCUUGUGAUGAUGAAUCGAUGGAAAUAGGUAUAAAUUCACAAUCAGAUGUCGCCUAUUCAUCGGAUAGUUUAACUUCACCAAAUAUGUCAACAAACUCAACUGUUACAACACAAAUUCAACGUCCAACAAGUCUCACAAAUAUAGCAGCAACACAGAAACAACAAUAUAAACUCACAUCCCAACAGCAAUAUCAAAUUAGACAAGAAAAUAUAAAUGCAUUAUAUUCACAUGUUAAUAAAGAGCAUCAUCAUAAUUUACGAAAUGAUAAUAAGAAAGAGGAGAGGUUAUAUGCGACUGUAGAUCCAGAAAGUUCUGAAUCAUGGUCAAAUAGCAGAAAUUAUUCUACAAACAAAAUUUUAGGACCACCAGCAUCUUUAGCAGAACAAUUAAAACAAGUUUUAGCCGAAAGAGAAAAAAGACUUGGUGAUAAUAGUUCGUCUCGUGAUACUUUAGCGGAUUAUAGUGAAAUUAAACCAAAUCCAACAUUAGUAACACAACAUUUAGUUGAAGAGAUAAGAAUGGCUGUGAAUGAAGCUAAUGCUCGUGUUAAAAAGGUUGUACCUCAAACCUUAUCACCUCCAGGAUCUGUGCCAUGGCAACAACAAAAUGAAGCCCCUCCAUCACCAUCUAGUUUAUCGUCAGGUUCAACAUCACCUUCUGGUUUGUCACCAAUUCGACAUGAUAUUUCAUGGUCUCCACCACAUCCGUCUGAUUUAAAUUUAUCAAUUUCAAGUGGUGGUAGUGAUAAGAAAAGUCAUUUUUGGCAAUCAGCGCCUGUUUCCGAAUGGAGUAAAGAACAGGUAUGCCAGUGGCUGUUAGCACUAGGAUUAGAACAACAUAUAUCAAAAUUUUUAGAACACCAAGUUGGUGGUAUGGCUUUAUUACAAUUAGAGUCACGUGAUUUUAAAAUACUUGGUGUAAAUGGUGAUGAUAAAAAUAGACUGAAACGAAAACUAAAAGAGUUAAAAGUACAAGUGGAAAAAGAAAAAAGACAGAUGGAAAAGGAGAGAAAAGAAAAAGAAAAACUACUAAGGAAAGCCGAAAAAUUAGCGGAGAAGGCCAGCAAAAAGAAGGUGUGGCUCAAUCAUCCAUCAACUGGAAUUUACCAAGAAAUAGGAAGAAGAGACGCCCAAAAAUUACCAGGAGAUGGUCAUUUGAAGGGGAAAUCAAAGGAAAGGGAAAAACAUGGAGAGAGGCAAAAGCCUUGGAAGAAGACAGGAGAAAGUGGAAAUUCUUUAUUGAAGUCAGACGUCCCUUAUGGGAUUCAAGGAUACAUGCAAUGCAAUUUUAAAUAAGUUUGAUAUGGAUUUUAUUUUGAAGUUUGUAUAAUUUAAUAAAUCGACUACAUCUAUUACGCUAACAACUUUAAUAGUACAUGUUCAAAAAAUUUAACUAGAUCUACAUUUCAAGUGUGCUUACUUGAAAUGUACUAUUUACUCCCCUAAGAUGCAUGAACAAUCCAAAAAGUCAGUUCAAACUCACCUAACAGUAUGAUCAACCAUUGUUAAUCAUUAAGGUUGCAUGUGAUUUAGUAUCACGAUUUCAUUGCACCAAUUAUAUUCAUUAGUACAGUUUUCAUUUCAAGAAAACAUUCGCGCACUUCUGCUGUUAUUCGCAUUCCAUAUUUAGUCAUUGGACAGUCAGGUUGGAUCUCCUACGUCUCCUAAUUCUGAAUCUAUUAAUUAUAGUUUGGUUUAUAACUUUAACAAUGAGUUUUAGCCUUGGAUUAAAACGCUUAAAUAAAUUGUUUUUAUUUGUUUGUUUGUUUUUUUCUUUUUAUAUUUAGUAUUGAACUAUUUUCCAAAAAUUAGUUAAGAAGCCGCAGAGCGCUGUGAAACAUUUGGCAUGAUUUAAAAAUGUUUAUAAUUUUUGUUUUAUUUGAAAAUUUCCUAAUAAUUUAUUUAUCUGUAGAUCAGUCAUUACUUAUUAGAGCCGAAAUAAAA